UAUUAAUUUCUUGUGAACCAGAUCUGCAUCGUUUCGACGACAAAGGGCGCACUUAUUAACCAACACAAACUCAAGCCGAUCAUUUCUAAGGAAUAAUGAGGAUCAGUACGUGAGGUAGGUACGUGAUCUUUCCAACAUUUUUCUGCAGUGCUUAAUUGACACAAGCGUCAUAUCCAAAUGAUGCUUCGCUUCUUAUCGAUUUUUGCAAUUUAUGGACUGCUAAUCAGCACCACUAAAGCCGAAAUUGGAUGCAGAGAUGAAAACAAUAAACUUGUUGAUUGGUACUAUCUGUACAAGCUACCGGAAACCAAUUCCCACGAUCCGGAGUCCGGUUUGUACUACAGUUUCAUCACUUCGGACAACGCGGACAACCCAGAAUGGAAGCGAUCCAAGCAUAAUGUGAACCAAGCUAAAAGUGUUCCUGGAAGAACGCUGGAACCGAUCCUCAAGGAUGCCGGUAAGCAAUUUCUUUCGGUGCUUUACAACGAUGAACCUCCCACGGGUAAAACCGAUGGUUAUCGAGGCCAUACUAAGGGCGUUGUGGCCACAGAUGGUAUAACUGGGUUUUGGUUGGUCCAUUCGGUUCCGAAAUACCCACCGGCACUUGGAGAAGCCUAUCAGUAUCCACACACCGGUCGCAUGUACGGUCAAAGUUUCCUGUGCAUAACUUUCAAUGCGAGUGAGAUGAAUACAAUCGGUAUGCAGCUGAACAAAAAUGAGCCGCACGUGUACUCGUCUGGGGUGCCAAAUGGUUUGAAGGCCCAAUUUCCGGAUCUGGUCGAGGCAAUCAGUAUGAAGAAUAGUACCGAAGCUCCCCACUGGAGCCAUUCCAAACUAAUUUCGAGAAAUGGCGUUGUUUUCCGAUCGUUUGCUAAAGAUCGCAACUUCAGGAAGGAACUGUACGCCGAUUUCAUCGCUCCAACACUGCAGGUGGCACUGUUCGUGGAAUCGUGGCAACAUGGAACCGGAAAUCUACCGUCCAAUUGUAACAUCCCGGAGUUGGCUGUUCUAAACGUAAAAAGUGUAAAGGUGGGUGAUGCCGAAUUCACGACCCUGAAGGACCACUCCAAGUGGGCCGUUACUGGACCGGGAGAUUCGAGUUUCUGGAUCUGUGUGGGGGACAUCAACCGACAGGAGCACCAGAAGCUGCGAGGCGGGGGAAGUGUCUGUACCGAAUCCACCGGGCUGUCUAGCGUUUACUUCCGAUCGGUUGUGAAUGUUGAAGAGUGUCCUUUGGUUCGGAAUUAGUGUUUAAAAUUUUAUAACAGAUUUCACACAAACUAUGCUAAGUAUUAUGUUGUAAAAUUUUGUGAUGAUGAAGUCCGUACCCUAGGCUGUAAUGGGUCACGGCGACGGCGUGCAUUACUGUGUUUAUGGAAGUUGACGGUUUGGAAACAGACUCUAAACUAACAUAAACCUGAGAGGGCGGUUGCACGUAGCCUUAUUCGAUAUGAGAUCAUAGACAAUAAAUUAAAAGGUGAAUCAAUAUCGUGUACUUUUUCUUUGAUGAUCCAUGUUGAUAAGGUGAAUGGGAGUUGAAACACUUGCCCUCCCUUCCGUUGGACAACAACAGCAUUGCGCAGUGGAAAUAUCACAAUUAGUUGUUUUAAUGUUGAUAUUUCCACUUUUCCACCAUGCGCAAGUUAGAUUAGAAUAGACAGUAUUGUAAAUGAAUGAUAACUGCCAAAAUUAGAUAGGCAAUUCAAUUGUACAAGAAUUAGUUGGAUGAGGAUGUUAACAAUUGGCACAUGGUUAGGUAUUCAAUGUUCAAUGUGCUACUAGGCAAGGUAAAGUAAUAGUUUCCUUCUCCCCAAUGCUCUAGUAAGUGUGCAUUUGCGGUUUAUGAAUUUCGAAGGCUUAUUCUUAAAUCAAGCAUUUUACAAGAACUAGAGGCUUAUUGGAUCAAGGUGCUGUUUAGAUAGUUUUCUGUCAAAAAUAAUUCCUUUUCGUUUCAAUACUUUUUGAUAGAAUUGUCUAUUUUUUGGUUAGGUGUGAAAUUCAAAUAAUGAAGUAAAAGAUAGAUGAUAGUCCAGCAAAAUAAUAUCGGAGAUUUAUAAAU